AUGGGUACAGCCUUAGCUGCUCCUUAUGUCAACAUUUAUGUAUUCUGUAAAGAAGUUAUAGCAUUAAAGCAAUUUUUGAAAAGAUAUUCAUCUCGUAUUCUCCUUCGUUUCUUUCGAUUUCUCGACGAUAUUCUUAUACUUCUCCUUUCAAAUGCUUCAUCUAUUAUUAAUGAACUACAAAAUCUAUUAAAUAAUGUAAAUAGUAAUUUAAAAUAUACAUUUGAAACAAGUAACAGGAAUAUUCAGUUCUUAGAUGUAAAUAUGACUAUUAAUUCUACAUUAAAUCGACUAGAAACUUCUUUAUACGUCAAACCAUCAAAUACCUUCCAGUACCUUCAAUAUUCAUCUGCACAUCCACGUCACAUUUUAAAUAAUAUUCUAUUGAGUUUAUCUAAUAGAAUAAUUCGUAUUUCUUCGUCACCUACAACGAAAUGGAAUGAAUUUUAUAAUUUAUUUACUCGAUUAUUAGUUCGUGGUCAUAAUGCAAAAAAUAUAUUACAAAAAAUAUUAUCAAUGCAAAAUGCCGAUAGAUUAGAACUUAUUAAUCGUCCAAAGAAAUUAAAUGAUAAACUACUAUAUAAAAAUAAAAUUCUUCCAUUUCUUCCACAAAUUCCAAAUAUACGUCAACUAUUAGAAAAUGAAUUUUCAACGACUAUUCCUCAAAAUUUUCGUUUUGUUCAUCGAUGUGGUUCUAACCUUAGUAAUUUAUUAACAAGAUCUCGAUAUCCUCAUUCUUUUGCUAAUAUAGUUCCAGAACCAGAUACAAAUUCAUUAGGAUGUUAUCGUUGUAAAAAUCCACGAUGCACAACAUGUAAUUAUAUUAUAGAACAGAACUUUUUCAUAUCAACAGUAACAAAUCAGAUUUAUAAUAUUCCAUAUUCAGUUAAUUGUGAUACAUCUAAUCUAAUAUAUUUAAUAACAUGUAAUUUAUGUCAUUCUCAAUAUGUCGGUACAACAGGUCAGACUCUGAGAAAUAGAUUUAAUCACCAUCUUACAGCCAUAAGACAUAAAUAUUGGCAUGAUACAACAUGUCCAGAACAUUUUAAUCUGGAAGAAUAUUCAAUUGAAAAUUUGACUAUAAUUAUAAUUGAAACAAAUUUUAUUAAUGAACAAUAUAGAUUAGAUCGAGAACAUUCUGACUCUCCUGCGUUAAUCAUUAGAGAAAGUAUUGUGAAUUUUCGCUGGCUGCCUGGUCGGGGCAGAGAAUCGUACAAGUCAAUUGACACUGUCCUCAACACGGACGAAGCUGUAAAUUAUCCAACAGAAUUCUUAAAUUCAUUCAACCCAAGUGGAAUGCCUCUUCACAACAUAAGAUUAAAAGUUGGUUCAAUAAUCAUGCUGUUGAGGGAUCUGGAUUCUGCAAGAAUGUGCAAUGCAACAAGAUUAAUUGUUAAAAAUUUGAGGCCCAACACAACUGAAGCAACAAUUUUGACUGGAUGUGCUAAAGGAGAGGAAGUUAUCAUCCCACGAAUUCCAAUGAUCCUAACAAAUAAACCAUUCCAAUUCAAGCGACUACAAUUUCCAGUACGUCUUGCAUAUGCCAUGACUAUCAACAAAGCUCAGGGACAAUCACUUCAAGUAUAUGUUGCAACAUCAAGAGUUGGAAGUAGUAAAAAUCUUUAUGUUUUAGCACCAGAAAGAAAAAUUAGACACAUUGUAUACAGAAAAGCUUUGGAAUAA